AUGGCAUCCUCUAGAACCAUGUCACGGACAUUGGCCACUCUCACUCGGCCUGUCACGGAGACAUCCUCCCGAGCAGUCCCACGAUGGACUCGCUCAAUGGCCACAGUUCGAUCACAGAUUCCUUCCAUCUCUUCUGGCUUGCGACCACUUGCGCAACGACAGCGCAUCGUCAAGACGGCAACACCGAGUCUCGCUGGUAUCGGUAGCGGCGUCCGAACCAUAUUCAUCCAGACAGAGAAUACCCCGAACCCGGAUGCCCUCAAGUUUCUACCAAACCAUCGAGUUGUGCCCGAGGAAUUUUCUACGCCUUUCAUCGAAUACCUCAACCCUCGAGCAACGAUUUCGCCGCCGCACCCCUCUCCUCUAGCCGCCAAGCUCAUGAACAUUGAUGGAGUCACUUCGGUCUUUUAUGGUGCUGACUUUAUAACCGUCACAAAAGCUGCCGACGCCAACUGGGCGCACAUUCGCCCCGAGAUAUUUGCACUUAUUACCGAAGCUAUCACUGCGGGCGAGCAAAUUGUUACCAUUUCCGAGCGUCGUGAGGGAGAGGCUGGGGCUCCUGUUGAGGAGGACAGUCUUGCCUACAAUGAGAACGACAGUGAAGUUGUUGGCAUGAUCAAGGAACUUCUUGAGACACGGAUUCGGCCAGCCAUCCAAGAGGAUGGUGGAGAUAUUGAUUUCCGCGGUUUUGACGACGAGGGCUACGUGCAUUUGCGUCUGCGAGGCGCUUGCCGUACUUGCGACUCAAGCACAGUUACACUCAAAAAUGGAAUUGAGGGCAUGCUGAUGCAUUAUAUUGAAGAGGUCAAGGGUGUUAAACAAGUGAUGGAUCAAGAGGAGGAAAUUGCCCUGCAGGAAUUCGAAAAGUUUGAGGAAAAGCUCAAGCAACAAAAGGGUCAGGCUGCCUCAGCAUGA